AUGAAUGCAGAUAAGGCUGAAGACGAAGAUGGUGAUGAAGUUGAAGUGAAAGGCGAAGGCGAAGGCGAAGGCGAAGGUGAAGAUGAAGGUGGUAGUUGCAAUGCAAGAACGCCGGUCGGUGGUGACAAGACGCACCGGAAACGGUUCUGCCGAGCAAGCGUCGAAGAGUGGUUCGUGUGGGCAGAAGUCUGUGCGCUUCGCUCUUCAAACUUUUCGCUUGGCUCAAGGCGAUUUGAGCAGGAACGUGCGGCGAAUCGACGAGUGAGCUUGCCCAGCAGUAUUAGCCGCUGUAAUGGAAGCGUGAUAGGGUAG